CCGGGUUGUGCACUGAGCAUGCGCACUGCCAUUUCGCUUCCUGUUCCAGACUCCAUUGUAUCGGUGGAUUCGCGUUGACUGACCAGAGUCCGCGAACCUUUCUAUCCCCGUUGUAGAGCUCAUUAAGGAGAAACACAUUCAGAAUGUCAUUAUACCAGUUCUUACUUGAACCUAUCAGUUGCCACGCCUGGAAUAAAGACCGCACACAGAUUGCAAUAAGCCCCAAUAACCAUGAGGUACACAUCUACAAGCAAAAUGGGAACCAGUGGGUGAAGGUUCAUGAGCUGAAGGAGCACAAUGGGUACAUUACAGGCAUAGACUGGGCUCCAAAAAGUGAUCGUAUUGUGACCUGUGGAGCUGAUCGGAAUGCUUAUGUGUGGAGCCAAAAAGAUGGAGUAUGGAAACCUACAUUGGUUAUCUUGCGUAUAAAUCGAGCAGCAACCUUUGUCAAGUGGUCACCUUUGGAAAAUAAGUUUGCAGUGGGGAGCGGAGCAAGACUUAUAUCCGUGUGCUACUUUGAGUCAGAAAACGACUGGUGGGUGAGCAAACACAUCAAGAAACCGAUUCGUUCUACUGUGCUAAGCCUGGACUGGCACCCAAAUAAUGUACUUUUGGCUGCAGGAUCUUGUGAUUUCAAGACUAGGGUGUUCUCAGCAUAUAUUAAGGAAGUUGACGAGAAGCCAGCUAGCACUCCUUGGGGAUCCAAAAUGCCUUUUGGACAGCUAAUGUCAGAGUUUGGAGGUGCUGGCAGUGGUGGCUGGGUCCACAGUGUAAGCUUUUCCGCUAGUGGAAAUCGUUUGGUCUGGGUCAGUCAUGACAGUAUUGUGUCUGUGGUUGAUGCAUCUAAAAACACAAGCUUUUCACAGCUGAAGACGGAAUUCUUGCCUCUCCUGAGUGCCACCUUUGUGUCGGAGAACAGCGUGAUAGCAGCUGGGCAUGACUGUUGUCCUAUGCUCUUCACAUUGGAUGAUCAUGGCUCAUUGACAUUUGUGUCUAAACUGGACAUUCCAAAGCAAAGCACUCAGCGUAACAUUUCGGCUAUGGAACGCUUUAGAAACAUGGAUAAGAGAGCAACCACUGAGGACCGCAUGACUACAUUGGACACUCUUCAUCAGAACAGCAUCACCCAGGUGUCUAUUUAUGAGGGGGACAAAACUGAUUGUCGCAAGUUCUGUACUACCGGAAUCGAUGGUGCAAUGACUAUCUGGGACUUUAAGACUCUGGAAUCUUGUAUUCAAGGCCUGCGCAUUAUGUAACUGAAGAGCAACUGCACAAGCAAGACAAAUGAGCAAAGCUGCAAAUCUCCUAAGAUGUUCUGUGACUUUUUGCUGACCUGUUGUACACUUGAAAUAAAAGUAAAGAAGGUUAUUAAGUACAGCGUGUAAUGAGAUCCAGUUCCAAAAAUAUCUAAUAGUUUUUUUAAGCACAAUGCAUCAAUACAAAUGAGUCAGCUUUUUUGGUCUUGAAAUUAUAUUACUUAACAAGCAUUGUGCGAGGACCAGAAAUACAUUAAUAAAAGCAUCAGUAAUUUUGUGAAUUGUCUUCUAGAAAAUAAAAAAAAUUUAAUGUGGAAA